CUGCCAGAGUGUGAUCAGUUUUCGAAUGAAAAUGAGGGGCAUAAGUUACAUGCAAUGAAUGCCGUAGAAAAACUUGAGCAAAUGACUAGAUCCAAUAAUGGAUGGAUAUUAGAAAAAGAAGAAAAUGGAAUUAGAUGUUUCAGUUAUCGCUCUGAAAGCAACUCCAGGAAAAUAUGGAAAAGCGAAGUUGUCAUCAAUAUUGCAGUAGAAACUCUAUGGCGAGUGCUAUAUCAUGAGACUCAUAGAACUACUGAAUGGAAUACUAAUGUUGAUAUAAAUAAGGUGUGGUUAACAGUUUACAUACGCAAUGUACAUGGCUCAGUGUUCUUAUUGUUAUAUCACUCUGACAUAAUAACUGCUAUAUGUACUUUAGUCACAACAAUUAACUGUGUUGGAUUCUGUCAGUAAUGCAAUGUUGUUAUGCCAUAAGUGAAUGCAUUGAUCAUUAAGAUGUCAUACCAUUAUUGUGUUAGU